AUGGGUGACAUGUUGAAAGAAAAAUCUGAUAUAACUGUAAUAAAAGUAUUUAAAAUGUUACUUUUAAUCAUUACUUGCAUUACAUUUAGUAGUGUUCAAGCCAUCGCUAAAUGUUCAAAUGAUGAGCCUCAAGUUAAUCAAGAAUAUUAUCUAGUAAAAAAAUGUCACAGAUCUAAGUUAGGUAUAUCAUUUAGAGCUAAUUUUGCUAAGUUAUCGAGCUGUAAGCGUUUUGCUCGAGAGCAAAGAGGUUUAUCUUUUAACUUUAGCCCACAAAUAGGUGGAGUGGGUUUAGAGUAUACUUGUGAAGUGUUACAGUGCGCAGAAAUAUCUACAGGUUUGUCAUUGACCAAUGAUUCUAGAUAUGACUAUUAUAGCUUAUUUGGAAAUCUUUCAUUAACAGUAAACUCAAUAUGUGUUCCUUCAUUGGGCUUGUUCUAUUUCUUCUCGAAUAAAAGGACUUAUUCAGAAGCGAUAGACGAGUGCCGCAAUAAGAGCAGUGUUUUAGCUGAUAUCACUUCUGAAGCAAAAACAAACGCUAUGGCUAAACUGUUAGCAGAUGUUGGCUCAGAAGAGGCAUUCAUAAACUUAAAACGAGACAAUACCAGCGACUUUAUUGCUUCAAAUGGUGAUUUACUUGAAUGUACAUCUUAUCGUGCAUGGGCUCCUGGUCAUCCAAGAAAACGGGGGAAAGCAGACUGUGUAACAAUCACCAGAUAUCGCACUUGGAGAUCUGUGUCUUGUGAAGAACAACUGGAAGCUCUAUGUGAACUUAUUCCUAAAAAAAAUGUAAAAUCGUAUUUAAGCAUAACGUAA